AUGGUUUCUCCUCAGUCUGGCAUAUUCUCGGCUGUCAUCACCCUGUUUGUAGGCCAAAGCGUUACAUCGCUUCAACCCGAUAAUACUCAGGCUGCUGUCGAUAUCCUUCGGACAAUCUCUCAGCAGAUCGGGAACCAGAGCGCCGCCACCGUGGGGUUGAAGACGGAGCCUUUUCAGAGCAGCAUCAUCGACAUUGCCUUGAACGCGCUGCUUAACGCGGGCCUGCUCUGCAGUCUCAUCGCGUCUGGCAUGAGCCUAUGGGUCAAGCAGUGGCUCCGCGAGUACGUCCUCGACGAGCCCUCCCUUCCACGCAGCCGCGUUCGAGUGCGCCUUUACCGAUACCAUGGCCUUCGAAUGUGGCACAUCCGAGGAAGCGUUGCAUGCAUCUCGAUCCUUCUACAACUCAGCGUCCUCCUCUUCUCCACUGGCGUCGUCAUGCUCGCUCACAAAUUGAAC